CUGAUCCAGACCCACUCUGCCAGGGAGCUCAAGCUGGCUAUAACAGCAGGCCAUAUAACAAUGCUGUUACACAAUGCCAGCCCUCUAUCCCGAAUCAUUGAUUCUCCAACAUCUACAUCAUGAGCUUCGCAAUCCAAUUCGAAUCCGCCGGCGUUUACCACGUCGGCACCCCCUCAGAGCAAAUGCUCGUCUCCUUCGAAGAGCUCCUCGGUUUCUACGCUGGGAUUAUCGGUCUCCUGGAAUACGGACACGGAUGGCAGGUCACGAAAGCUGUGGUUCGUCGAAUCAUCGGACGACUUCGGUGGCGACCCACGGAGAGCCCAUGCGCAGUGGGCAUCGACAGUUCCGGCCCCAUAUACUAUGUGAUCUGUCAUGGAGAGGAUUCUAUCCGAAUUACCGCCCAGGAGUUGGACGCUUCGCUGUUCGGACGUGUGAUUAAGAAGCAGUGGGAUCGGGGAUUGGGGGAUCCCGGCUGCGUGAUGAUCAGUGCCUCAAUCUUCCGGGCGUUUAUCUAUGGACUGUGGAAGAACUUGGCAUAUCAUAUGAGGUGGAGGAAGAUGGGAUCUUCAUGAAGUUUUGUUUUUAUGGGACGCUUUUGCUGGAGUUUGAGGGGCGAUUCACAUUCCUGGUGGCGUUGUGUACUAGUUUUUUUCUUGUUUCUUGAUCUCGGGAUUUGCGGGAGCACUUCACAGCGAUUGGUAAUCUUUAUGCAGUUCUGGGC